UUGUCGUCCUACCCGGUGCUGCUGCCAAACGGUGUAAUAUAAUUACAGGCCAACCCUCGUCUCGUCCUCGUUUGGCUCGGUGCGGGGGAAGAAAAACUAUCUGGCCUGCAGAGGAACUCUCGGAACUGGUGAGGGGUGUGUGGCGGCUGGUUUUGUGGCGUGUGGUGUGCGUUGUGCUGCAGCAAAGAAUCCCAAGAAAAACUAGAUCCUAAAGGCGGCGGUGGAGGCGUCGGCGGCGGCCGUCCAAUCCCGCUGAGUUCUUCUUCCCGUCGGUGCAACUGAAAGUACGAAAUACGGUACCGAACCCGGGGAAUCAAAUUCCAAUCGAUUCCUAUUUGGAUUUCUUCUGCUUCGCCUCACGUGGUUCUCGCCCGGUGCCAACGUGUUCCGGAGAUGUGAUCAGAAGAAAGAAGCCAAAAAAAAAAACGAACGGUGAAAUUUUUCGUGCUGCUGUCGAUGGGAUUAAAUAUUACCGGAGCGUUGGAAGGUUUCCACACUCGACGACUGCGGACAGGUGUCACCAACUCGCGUGGAAUAAAUCUGUUUCUUCGACGGUAAAAGAAAAAAAGAGAAAAAAAAACGGUGCGCAAUACAAGCGACCGAUCGACCAACCGCGGGUUGAAGUUUAAAAGUGAAUCAAAGUGAGCGUUGUGAACGUGCAGGUUAACAAAGAAAAGUGCAAAGAAGAAUAGUUCUACUACUCCAACAACAACAACAACAACUACAGCAACAGUGCAGCUUUUCCUUCAGGUGGUGAAAAGUCAGUCCGUGAAAGGUUGAAACGAAUCGUGAGAAGAAAGAAAAAAAUACUCAACUCAACUCCCGGCACAGAUUGGCAACAGCAGCAAGUAACAGCAGAAGCGAAUCCAGCAGCAACCAAGGAAAAACAAAAGGAAAAGUCAUUUCGCUUGUUGAUUAAAUUUAAGGUUCCUUACUAUUAUGCACAGCAGAUGAACCGAAGCGAAAAAUGACUCGUUCCGUCAGCAGCAACCGCCGCCCUCUCUGCCCGAUACCGAUGCCAGUAGCAGCAGCAGCAUCCCGCCACCGUAGCAGAAACGACAUGGGACGUGCGGUGUGGAGGGACUCCGCUACCCGAGGAGGAGGCAGCAGCAGCAGAAGCGGCUGCAACUUCACAGCAAUGUCAAAGAGGAGAAAAAUUGUUUAUGGCUGGUUUAAUUUCAUCUUCUUAUGCUGGAUAAUGCUCACCGAACAGUUCGUUUGCGUGCUCAGCCUGAAGGACUUGAAAAUCUUUGUACCGGAUGCGGUCAUCAUGGGGAAUGCGGCCACUCUGUCGUGUCAAUUUGAGCUGGAAAAGGCCUCACUAUACUCGGUUCGUUGGUACUUCGAGAGCGAAGAAUUCUACCGAUACGUUCCGAAGGAAUCACCACCGGCUAGGACAUUUCCCGUGUCUGGUAUCACCGUUGAUGGUUCCCAAUCGGAUGCCACUUCAGUGACACUGCGCGGUGUAACCCGGGACUUAACCGGCCAGUUCCAGUGUGAGGUAUCCGAAGAUGCACCGCUCUUCCAUACCGACAUCCGGCAGGCUCGGAUGCAGGUCGUCGAACUACCGAAGCAGGAUCCUCAGAUGCAGCUAGACAAAACUCACAUUACCACUCUGGACAACUUCCGAGCCGUCUGUACGGUGGGAACCUCCUUCCCGCCGGCCAACAUCACCUGGUACAUCAAUGCUAAAAAGAUCCAUCGUUCGCCCUACCAACGCAUCACGUACCGCUCGUACGAGGGUACACCGACCUUCUCCUCGCUGGAGAUGUACCCGCACAGCCAGGUCCUGCAGGAUAUCUACCAGUCGAUGCCUCCGUUCCAGACCAGUCUGUCGGUGAUGUGCGAGAUUUCGAUUCUGCACAUCUAUACCAAAAGCGCCCAGCAGUUGAUCAUCGUGAGUGACCUGGUCACGACCAUCAGUCCGGCUCUGCUCGGACUCGAUGGGUCCAACAAUCGGCGGAAAGCCAACGGCGAUCCGGACAAUUCGGCCCUAACGGGAGGAGCUCGCACCGCGGUGCUACACAUUGCCAUCUAUUGGUGGCCACUGGCAGUAUUUAUUCAUAGGCUAGUGCAUCGUGUCACCGGCAGAGUUCAGCAGUUGUGAUCGAUUCGGGGAGAAAUGUAAAUAUACCUACACACACAAACACACGCACCGAGUGAAUAAAAAAAACACGAUUGAAAACCCAAAACAAAACAACCCCCUCUCAGCCCGCCGCCAUUCAUUGCACGGUUAGAUGGGUUGUUUAAAACAGAAACAGAAGAUUAAGACACCCAUAAACUCUAUAUUUAUAUAGGAAAAAAAAAGAAUAGCGCAAACGGAUCUGUUGAAACAGUGCAUGUAAAAUAUAUGUAUUUGAGCUUUUUACUAAUGGUAUUGUAUAGAGAAUGUGCUGUUUGCUGGUUUGUUUGGUAUGGAAUGGAUCGAUGGACAACCGGAGGGAUGGCUCGAUGACCGUCAGAAGCCUAAGACAGUAAUACUUACCGUCGAAACGGUCAAAGUAGGCUUGUAUUACGAGAGUGGGCUGACAACUGUGUAACGUCGUGGUGAAUAUUCUUUUGUGGAGAACGUUCGCUACGCUGAGGAUCACAAACCGCAGGUUGUUUCGAUUGGCAGAAGGUCAAUGACUUCUACUUCCAAUAAAGUAUCGGGAAAAAAAUUUGCUGAUAAAACUUCGCAUUAUUAGGACUUGAUAAGUCUACUUUUAACCAAGCAGGGGCGCAUUGUACCUUGACCGUUCCAGUUUUAAGUCCGGAAGCAUUCCGAUUCAAUUGGUUAUUUCAAGAAAAAAAAACAAAAGUUUUCCAUCAGUCGCCCUCCAAAGUCAUCCAUCGAUGAUACCAACAGCAGGAAGAGCAACAACAACAACAACAAAAUAAUCAAUUAACCUUAAACAAUAAUAAAUAAAUAACUAAAAAUGUUCAAAUAAAAAGUUGACAAAAUACCAACAAAAAAAAAAACCAAUGUUUAUACUGAAGAAAUAAAAGUUUUGGCAAACUAGAAACUACAAAAACCAAGCCACACCGAAACGUUUGACGUUUGUGAAAGACAACAACCAACCCAACCCACGUGUCAGUGGUGAGUGGAGAUCUGAGUGAACGGGAAAUCAAAGCAGUUUGAAAGAAAAAACAAAAACGGUUGCUUUGUUUUUGCAUGCGAACUCCCGCACGCAGGCCCGCAAAAACAUUUAAACUGUCAACAGUCCCAUAAACUAGCGGGGAAUGAGAUUGUAAACAAACCAAAAAAAAAAAAAACAACAACGGAAAACGCAUAAGUAAAAAAAUGAUGUUAGUUUAAUAUUAAUCCUGAAUGGGGAAGAGGUAAAUGAAGCAACCGGAAGGAGAGCAAAAGAAAAACAAAUCCAUUAGAAUUUGUGAGUAGCAGAAAAGUAUCCUUUCCUCUUUCUUACGUAUAAGUGUAUCAUAACUACGGGCAUCCGUGCUGCUGUGGAAUUAAAUUAAAUGAUUGUAGAGGAAAACUGAACCGAAAAAUCAAUAACAAACAAAAAAAAAGACAACCGGUCGGUAAAAUUUCAGUACCGUCGGCAAAAGUGUACAAUUGGUUGCACAAUCGUGUUGUGAUUGUGUGGGUGUGGGUGUGUGUGUGUGAAUAGAACAAGUAAAAACACAUAGUAGUAAAAUAAUUGUUCUCAUGCAGAAAGGCAAACUAAAACAUUUAACAAACAAAACAGAAAACACAAAAAAAUUCAAACGCUGUACGAAGCCGGAAAAUAGUCAGAGGUGCUUGUUACUAAAAAAAAAACAAUAAAUAAAUCACAUUAAUGGAUCGUAGCUUUUGUUUGACGUGACGUGAGCAAAAAGAGCAUACCACUGUUAACUCGUUAGGUUAGGAUUAGGUAUUAUUACGGGUUUUGUUUUUGGUGUUUUUUUCUCCCCCUUUUCCAGGGUGCAAAAGUUUUCACCUUGCCUACGCAAAACCACCGGCCGGAAAUUCUAGUCAUAGCCGCCAAUCGGUGUUGUCUAACCUCACAAUCGGUUCCGAAUAUUAUAGCUAAUUUUGACGGAACUAUUCCCCGUUUUGUGUUGUUGUUGGUCACAGUGGAACUUCGCCAGGCGAAACGAUAAUAACAUAAUUGAAUAGUCAUUUAAAGGCGGAAUGGAAGUCGAAUAACAGUGUUAUGUUUAUUUUAUACAUGAAAGAAUAGAUACAAAAUCAAAUACUAAAACAAAACAAAA